AUGCAGGCUGCACAGCAGUCCUGGGAGCUCGAAAAUGCGAUAACCGUCUUUGAUCCGCAAAGAGAUGCCCUCUACCAAUAUGAUGCGGAUACAGAGAGACAGCUCAACAACGAACGGCCCUGGGCGUCCGACCCGUACUAUUUUAAGCACGUCCGCAUCUCCGCAGCGGCAUUAUUGAAGAUGGUGAUGCACGCUCGUUCCGGUGGCUCACUAGAAAUUAUGGGUUUGAUGCAAGGCUACAUCCUCCCUAAUACAUUUGUGGUCACCGAUGCACUCCGACUGCCAGUGGAAGGCACCGAAACCCGAGUCAAUGCACAGGACGAGGCAAACGAAUAUAUGGUGUCUUAUCUACAAUCUUGUCGAGACUCGGGGCGGAUGGAAAAUGCUGUCGGUUGGUAUCACAGUCAUCCUGGUUAUGGGUGCUGGCUGUCCGGCAUUGAUGUCGCUACUCAACAAACACAACAAAUGACCGGGCCCUUCGUUGCGGUCGUCAUUGAUCCAGAUCGUACCAUCUCCGCAGGCCGUGUCGAAAUCGGUGCCUUCCGUACGUUCCCUUCCAAUUUCACCCCGGCGAAGGAAGCCAGUGAGGACGACGAAUACCAGACCAUCCCGCUUGGGAAGGCAGAGGAUUUCGGCGCACACGCCAAUCAGUACUACUCUCUCGAUGUCAGUCAUUACAAAAGCACUCUGGACUCCGACUUACUGUCCUUGCUUUGGAACAAAUACUGGGUAGCAACUCUCAGCCAGAGCCCGCUUUUCACCUCCCGCGACUUUGGCGACAAGCAGAUCAUGGAUCUCAGCCAAAAGGUGCGUAAGGCAGCUCGCAGUUUGGAAAACUCUGGUCCUCGAGGUGGUGUGACUAGUGUUACCAACCAGAAGGAUCAUCAAUUGGAGAAGGUCGUCCGUGGCGGGCAGCAAAUUGUCUCGGAAGAGGUGAAGGGGCUUUUGGCAUCCGAAACCAAGAUGAAGCUGUUUCACGACAUUGGGAAGGGAUCCACUGCAAAAUAA